CAAUAAGAGAAAAAGUGGAGGACAGAUAAACAACAGAGAGGAAAGGAAAAAGAAGUAAGAAUUCACAGAAUAUGGGAGGAAAAUACAGAGAAUAACUCCAGAACAACAGCAAAGACAGAGGAGGCGGAGAAGCAAGAUUUCCAGAAGAGGAGUCUCCAUCUCCAUCUGGGCUUUCAUUGUUUUGGUGAAAUUUGCCGGAAAAUCCUCGAAGUUUUGUAAUUUACAUGGAAACAUCUCAUCGUAUGGAGACGGAAGAAGAGAGGAAUAAUAAGAGAGCUUCAGAACCAGAGUUCUUCUUGCAGUGGGGGAACAGAAAGAGACUCAGAUGUGUGAGAGUCAAAGGCACAGAAAUCUCAGCCGACAGAUUCAAAUUCAAUGGUGGCAUGUGCAGGACAAUUACAUCGUCUCGGAUUCAUCGCUUUGCGGUCUCCACUUCCGGAAAAAAUGACAUCUCUGGAUUUCAAUCCAAUCGCCUCACCAGGAAUUCUGAUGGGGCUCUGCUCUGGUGUAGCGCAGGUGAGAACCGAAAGUCAUCUUCACCAGAGAAGGAGGAAAGGUACUACGCCACAAGAGGAUCAGUGGGUGUGGAUGAGAGUUGUAAUGGCAACGGGAAUGGGAAGGUUAUGAUGGACGGAAACAGUGUUGAGGACCGGGGGCUUGUUUGGCCGAAACUGUACGUCAGUUUGUCGAGCAAGGAGAAAGAAGAGGACUUUUUGGCCAUGAAGGGUUGUAAACUUCCCCAAAGACCUAAGAAAAGGGCCAAACUCAUCCAAAGAAGCCUACUUUUGGUGAGUCCCGGUGCAUGGCUCACAGAUAUGUGCCAAGAGAGAUAUGAGGUUAGGGAGAAGAAAAGUACCAAGAAGAGACCAAGAGGAUUGAAGGGGAUGGGUAGCCUGGAAACCGAGUCGGAGUGAUAGGUGUAAUUUAUACUGAAUUUUGUUGAAGCAGAAGGGAAGACAGUUUUCUUUGGUCUGUUUAGAAGAUGAAUGCGGUGUGUAAUGUAGAGUGGUAAGGCUUUUGUUCGAGUAAAAGGGGGUUAUUGUAAAUUACGAAAUUAUGUUUUGUAUACAAGUGUGAGCAAUGAAAAAUUAUGUUUUGUAGUGUGCAAA